ACAGUGGGGGCUCCCCGUCGUGGCCCUGAGCCCAGGGACUUGAUCAAGAUCUUCCAGCCAGCUUACCACCACUGGACCGUCUACCUGGGGGAUGGGUACGUUGUCAAUGCAGUACCCACAGAUGAAGGGCCCCCAGCCUCAAUCAGCAGUGCCAUGUCAGUGUUCAGCAGAAAGGCCCAGGUGAGGAUGCAGCUCCUGAAGGACACGGUGGGAAACGAUACCUACUGUGUCAACAACAAGUAUGACAGCACCUACGACCCUUUCCUGGUGAGGAGGAUCAUCCAGCAAGCCCAGUACUUCAUUGACCAGGAGGUGUCCCACGACCUGUUCAGUGACAACUGUGAGCACUGA